AUGAAAGGAGAGGUGAAUCAGAAAUAGAAAUCUCAAAAGAGAGAUAAUAAGUAAAAGAGAAAGAAAGGAGCACCUAAAUGGAAAAAUGUUAUUUAGGAGAUUGAAACUAUAAGAAAAAGAAUCAGCGAAGAAGUUCCUCCUCCAGGUGUUCUUUAUUACAAGUACAAGGCAAAGAAUGAAAACCCAGAGGAAAAAGAAAUAGAGAAGAAAAAGGAAACCUAAAGCUCAAGAUUAAUAGCCAAUAGAAAAGUUAUUGAGACUGACAAUAAGAACUUAAUAAAAAUCAGAUUCAGUGAUUUACCUAUUUCAAAAGCUACUAGCAAUGGCUUGCAAAAGGCUAAAUUUAUUAAGAUGACUGAAGUUUAAAGAGCUGCAAUAUCACAUGCCAUUGCAGGGAGAGAUGUAGUUGUAUGUGCGAGGACUGGUAGUGGAAAGACUUUGUCCUAUUUAGUCCCUGUAAUUGAAAAAUUAUACCAAGAUAGAUGGAGUUCAUUAGAUGGUCUUGGAGCACUGAUUAUUGUGCCAACUAGAGAAUUAGCUUUAUAGGCAUUUGAAGUUCUGAGAUCAUUUGGAGGCAUGCAUGAUAUGAGUGCUGGAUUAGUAAUAGGUGGUAAAGACCUCAGAUUUGAGCAGGAGAAAAUAAGAGGAAUGAAUAUAUUGGUUUGUACUCCAGGAAGAUUACUUCAACAUAUGAAUGAAAGUGAAGGCCUCGAUACUAGCAGCCUUAAAAUGCUUGUUAUUGAUGAGGUCGAUAGAUUACUUGAUAUGGGAUUUAGAGAUUCAGUAGAUCAAAUUAUGAGAAAUUUACCCAAAAAGGUUUAAACAAUGCUAUUUUCAGCUACUGUCGGCAAGACAUUGAAAGAUCUGGCAAGAGUCAAUUUAAAGUCAGAAUUUGAAUAUAUUUGCAUUCACGAUUUUGAUUCAAUUGAGAGCUUAGCUAACGAAUAUAAUCCUAAUCAAAGUGCAUCUGACAAGCUAAUUUCAGACCAGUUAAAAUCAAUCACACCAGUUAAGCUCCUGCAUUUCUACAUGCAGAUAAAUAUUGAAGAUAAAUUAGAUAUCCUAUUCAGUUUCCUUAAGAGUCAUUCAAAGAACAAAUGCUUAGUCUUUUUCUCAGCAUGCAAGUAAGUUAGAUUUGCAUAUGAAGCUUUCAAAAGGUUAAAGCUAGGAAUGACAAUGCUAGAACUUCAUGGUCGUCAAAAGUAGUCCAAACGUACUGCAAUCUAUUAUGAAUUUGUCGAAAGGAAGUAAGCAGUUCUUUUCUGUACUGAUAUUGCCUCGAGAGGUAUUGAUUUCCCAGCAGUUGAUUGGGUCGUUUAAUAUGAUUGCCCAGAGGAUUUGAAUACUUACAUUCAUAGAGUUGGAAGAACUGCAAGGUAUAAGUCUAAAGGAAAUGCACUUUUAUUUACAACUCCUGGUGAAUAAAAAAUGCUGGAUAAAAUAUAAAAUAGAGGCAUUUAAUUAAAGAAACUCAACGCUAACCCGAAUUAAGCUUUAACCAUCUAACCAACUCUUUAAAAGCUCAAUGCUGAGAAUAGAGAUGUUAAGCAUCUUGCUGAGAAAGCAUGCAUCAGCUAUAUAAAGUCAUAUUAUUUAAUGAGGGACAAAGAAACUUUUAAGUUUUCUAACCUUGAUUGUGAAAAGCUUGCUUAUAGUCUUGGUCUUGCUAACGCACCUUAAAUAGGUUUCAUUGACAAAAACAAUGUAAAAAAUCAGUAAAGAGAAAAGGAUAAUGAAAAAAUCUUUGAUGGAGAAGGAGAAGUUCCAAAGAAACUAUCAAGAUUAUAAGUUUUGAGAUAAAAGAUUAAGGAGAAGAAAGAAUAGAAGAAGCUUUAAUCUGAGAAGCAAGAGUAAUAAGAUGAAGAUGAGGUAGAUGAUAUUGAAGUACAUAAUUCAGAGGAGAGUGAAGAUGAUGACGACUAUGAUGAUGAAAUUUCUGAUGAGAGUGAUUAUAGGUCAUAAGAUGAAAGUGAAGAAGAAGAUGACCAAGAUUUCUUUACUUCAAAGAAGAAUUAAAGGAUGUUUGAUGAUGAUGAAGAUGAGAAAAUAAAGGAGUAGGAGGAUGAUAAACUGAGAGAAGAAAUAAAAUAGUAAGAACUUAAGGUUAACAAGAAGAAACUUAAGAAAAUAACUAAAGAUGGUCCAUUCUAAGGCAAAAACAAAGUAUACUUUGGUGCAGAUGGAAAACCAAUUACUUCUUUAGAGUAUCAUUUGAUGCAAGAUAAAAUAGCUUCUAAUAAGAAGACUAUUGAAGAGUCAGAGAGCGAGUCUGAGCCUGAGAGAAAUAUCAAUCCAGAAAACUUUAAAUUUGUGGAUGAAUCUGAGGUAUCAGAAGAUGAAAAUGCAGAAGAAAAAUACAUUGGGAAAGUUAAGAAGGCUCUCCUGAAAAAUGAAAGUUAAGAUAAACUCUUGUCUAGAUAAAAACUUACUGAAUAGAGAUUGAAGAAAAAGAGAAAGCUUAGACAACAAAGAGGAUAUGAUGAGGAAGAUCAAGUAUAAGUUGUUAUUGGAGACCAGUCAGAUGAUGAAUAACUCGCUGUAGAAUAAGAUUCUGUGUAGGACAAGCAAAGUCAAGUUGAAGAUGAGGAUGAUGAAGAAGAAAUCAUGCAAAACCUCAAAAAUCUCAAGAUUAAUUAGAAGUAAAAGAAAACUGCUGAGAAGACAAAGAAAGUGGCUCUAAAGAAAGAAAGCAAAUUAACUGAGGAAUAGAGAGCUCUAAAACUGUUGGAGAAGAGUUUAUAGUUUUGA